CUGAAAUCCACUGGUGCUUAUUCUUGAAUUCAAGUAAGAAAAAAAAUCAGUUUUUCGGUAAAAAACGAAGCGAAGAAGAAGCAGAUUGGCACAGAUAUACCAGACUGGAGAUGAAGUCUGGCCCCAAAUAUUUUUGUAGUCCAAGCAGAGAUGCUGGGGUAAUGAAUUUGAAUCAUUGACGGCACCUUGUGUGCUGAGGGGAUUCGAGAAGUAGCUCGUCAGCUGUGCUAGAUCGGUGUUGUCUUUUUUCGCAGGGGUUCCGAUGAUGUUCGCUUCGACGAAGGUUGAUGAUGAGAUGGAACUCUGGAAGGAGAGGAUUGUCAGGUUCUAUCCCGAUGAGAAGAAAAUCUCAGCUAAACCUGUUCUCCAGCCUCACAAAAACGGAGCGACAUUACCAACCAAUGCCAUUGCGACAAAUACUGCUGGUUCCAAGGUGUUUCCCGAAGAAACUGUGUUUGAUCCAUGGCAGAAAUGGACAUUGGAUCCAGGAAGUGAUAUCAUGGUAAAAUGGAAUCGCAUAUUCCUCGUAACUAGCCUGGUUGCUCUUUUCAUAGAUCCACUGUACUUCUAUUUGCCCUCCAUUCAUAAUGCUGAUAGUUUGUCUUGCGUGAAGAAGAUGGAUUGGGGUUUGAGUGCUGCAGUUACUGUUUUCCGGUCCCUUGCUGACAUAGUCUAUGUGUUACAUAUUGUAAUAAAGUUUAGAACAGCAUUUAUAGCUCCAAAUUCUAGGGUUUUUGGAAGAGGAGAGCUUGUUAGAGACCAUAAACUGAUAGCGAAAAAAUAUUUGAAGUCGGAUUUCUUUAUUGAUCUGGCUGCUGCUCUGCCUUUGCCACAGAUCGUUGUCUGGUCUGUUAUCCCCGGAGUUAAGCAUUCAAAUCCUCAACACAAUAACAACACACUUGCUCUGAUUAUUCUAUUUCAGUACAUUCCAAGGUUGUACCUCAUAUUUCCUCUGAGCUAUCAGAUUAUUAAAGCCACUGGCGUUGUUACGAAGACUGCUUGGGCCGGAGCAGCAUAUAAUCUACUUCUUUACAUGAUUGCUAGCCAUGUUAUCGGAGCAGCUUAUUAUUUACUAACAAUUGAUCGCCAGACAACCUGUUGGAAAUCAGAAUGCACAAAGGAGAACGGCACUAUAGGUGCACAAUGCCACAUGAAGUUUUUGGACUGUGAUUUUUCAAGUGAAAUUGAUCAAAAGUGGGUAAAGAACACUGUUGUUUUUGCGAAUUGCAACGCGAGUGAUGACAAUAUCAAUUUCAAAUAUGGUAUAUAUCAGAAUGCAUUGACAACUGGGGCUGUGUCCUCUAAUUUUGUUAGGAAGUACUUUUAUAGUCUUUGGUGGGGCUUGCAAAAUUUGAGCACAUUUGGGCAGGGGUUGGGUUCAAGCACUUUCAUUGGGGAGACUUCCUUUUGUAUACUGAUAGCCAUUAUUGGACUCAUUCUAUUUGCACAUUUGAUUGGAAAUAUGCAGACCUACUUGCAAUCUGUUACCGUGAGGCUAGAAGAAUGGAGGUUAAAGCGGCGCGACACUGAACAUUGGAUGAGCCAUCGACAACUACCUCAUGAAUUGAAGGAACGGGUUAGACGAUUUGUCCAAUAUAAAUGGUUUGCCACGCGCGGAGUGGAUGAAGAAGCUAUUUUACAAGCUCUGCCUGCCGAUCUUCGUCGAGACAUUCAACGUCAUUUAUGCCUGGAUCUUGUCCGCAGG